AUGUCUGAACCUGGCUGUGAGACCUCUUCUGAGGAGAACCUGGGCACCCAGGAGCCUAUGGCAGUGGACCCAAAGAGUCCAAAACAGGACCAGCCAAGGUGCUGCGGGCACCACAGCGGCCACCGCGGUGGCCGCUGCCCCGACAGCUUUGCCACCUACUUCCCCAGGGUUCUAAAGCAAGUUCACGAGGGCCUGAGCCUCUCGCAGCAGGCCGUGAGCGUCAUGGAUUCAUUCGUCAAGGACAUGUUCGAGCGCAUCGUCGACAAGGCGUCUCGCCUGGCCCGCUCCACCCAGCGCUCCACCAUCACCUCCGGGGAGAUCCAGACAGCCGUGCACCUGCUGCUGCCCGGGGAGAUUGGCAAGCACGCCGUGUCCGAGGCCACCAAGGCUGUCAUCAGGUUCAACAGACGCGAAUGA